AUGCCCUUCAGGAGAAGUAACUAUGACUUCAUGCUGGACGAUGGAUUGGACACCCGCGUACCCGUGUACAGCGACGAGGUCUUCAAACAUGGCAUUCACUUCUGUUGCAAGGUAGGUGCUACUACAUUUUUCAUUGGAGCGAUGGAAGUACCGAGGCCUCAGAAUCGGCUUGAAAUUGUUUCCUCAAUGCGGCGUAUUCGGGUAAGUUUUGAAAGAGACAACUUUACCCUUAAAAGCCAGCCAUCAGAAAUUAACUACGAGUUCAAAGCAAAGGGGGUUAAGAAGCAGAAGGCUUUAAUCAAAGUGUCAGCUGACGGAGUCUUUGUGUACGGAAGAAACAAGCCGAAGGUGGGCGCUCGGUUCUCCACAGCCUUAAGUAAAUUAUCUGGAUCAGCUACUUCGGUCACAGUGGAAAUGCCAACCUCAAAAAGUAUGGAUGACACUAAGUCGUCCGCGUUACCUCCAUCGCCCACUCAAAGCAGCGGUCUUCUUGGUCUUGGUCUCCGAAACGCAGCAGCCCUCUCCUGUGUGCAUCCCUCCAAUGUCAUCUUCUGCCAUCCUAUUUACAGAAUUUUCUACGUUUCUCAUGACUCCCAGGACCUGAAGAUCUUCAGUUACAUUGCAAGAGAUGGAAAAAGCAGCUGCUUCAAAUGCUACGUCUUCAAGGCAUAUAAAAAGCUUCAAGCUAUGCGGAUUGUUCGAACCGUUGGCCAAGCAUUUGACGUUUGUCACCGACUAGCACUGCAAAAACAGGAAAACGAUCCAGCCUCAAAAAAAGGCGACGAAAGUCAGCUGGCAAGGGACAAAAGCAAUUACCGGGCACCUGCGUCUCCUCGUCGUCGAAAGUCCGUGCAUCGCAGCCAACGGAAUCCUUCUCCACCUCUCUACGACAACUCCUCUGAUGAAAACGACUGGCAGCGUCCACACAGACAGCAGCCCAUGUUUCGGGGUGGCCAUGGCUCCGAUGACGACACAAGAGAUGGAGGAGGAGACGAUCGUGAAAAAAGUGUUAUAUACAGCGACGAGGUUUCUGAUGAGGAACGUCACGAUGAUGAGAAGCGCUCUGCGGCUCCACUGACUUUAAAAAAAGUUAAGAAAGUCUCCUCUUGUCGACGUCGACGUCGUCACCGACAUUCAAGUGACUCGAGUGAAAGCUCCGACCUACCUCGUAUUCUUCCCCGUUCAGCUAUAAAACAAAGUAUCACUAAUGAUGAUUUUCUAGCCUGGGGUCAAUUUGGUCACAGUUUUGGCUACCCAACACCAGCGUCUCUGUCCUUGUUUGGUCUGCCACAAAGCCAGUCUCUUGACACAAAUCUCGCACGCGAUAUUCUAUGUGGAAGUAGUACACAUUCCGUUCAAAGCCAAUCCAGUAUACCACCUGAUCCAGUACUACUUAGCCAUCUUCUAAAUGAACUUCAAACCGGUCUUACAGGCGAUAAGCCAAUGGGCUCGAAUGAAAAUCCAUCCCAGUCAGGCUCACUAUCGUGGUUCCAAUAUUUGGGUGUACAGGAUGGAUCACUUAGUGAGACCCACGCUGCUCUCAAUCCUCGACUUAACUUUUUGGAACCAAGCAAAAUUAGAGCAUGCAAAAAUGACCUUAAAUCAAGCUCGUCCUACCAGCUGUCUAAAGAUACAAUAAAUAACCUCGAAGCUGCAGCGGGGAUACCAAGCUCAGUAACAUCCCCAAACUUGGCUUCUGCACCUGCUGAGUCAUCCGGAUUAGAAGAUAAAGAAUCCACUGAGAUGACGGCUCUAUCUUCUGAAAUUCUUGAUAUACUUAAGCGCCAGCUGAAUAUCAAGGAGACGGAAACCAAAAUAGCCGUUUAUCAAAUACAUCAGCUCAUGAGACAACUUCGAUUAGAGGCUGCAGCUCGCAUGGAAGGGCAGUAUCGAAUAAAGCAGCUUCUAAAUCAGAAUAAGAACCUGUCUGAGGGCUUUCAGGAAAUGGCUCUACGGUUAAAACGUCUGGAAAAUCAGUCCCAUAUUCUUCGAGACACAAAAGAAAAGGCUUCAUGUAUGGUCGCAAACACUUCCUCAGACAACAUUUCUAAAAUCACUACACUUAGGUCUUCGAUACAUCUGCCUCAUUCUGCUAAAGGCACUGCAACAAAGUUAGAUGGUUUUUCUCGCCUAGCAGAGAUAAAUAUAAUGGUCCAGAAUAUGCUUAGUCCUGGCUUACAGCACGAUUCUAUUCAGAAGGGCACUUCACCAAGACCUGCAUCACAGAGGCAAAUGUCAUCCGGAACAAGUCCUAAACUUCCAAGUCUGUCUCCUCUACAGUCUAGUAGAAUUGGCAUCUCUAAUAACGGAAUCAGACUCUCAGGAACAGAAAAUUCUUCCAGUCCUGGAGGAAACAACUCUGUGGGUUUACCACCACCCCUGAAACUGCCCUACCGUGGAUCAGAUUGUGACGAUGGAUUCCUAGAGCUAGCAACACGCUCGGUAGCGACUGAAGAAAAAAUGUCAAAAUGCAAUUGGGUUGACGAGUGCUAUGGAAAAAGUGACCAAGUCCUUGCCAAAAUCGAUCAGUCAACAUUGGAUUUUGAACCAUUUCGAGGUCAGGAGGAGCACUCUGGAAGAAGUUUGCCCCCCGCCCCACCUGCAAGGAUAGUUAAUUCAGUGAAUGGUGGCGAUACUCGGAUUAGCAUUGACACCAAGAUGGAAGAGCAGAAGAGCACAUCAAGUGGUGGUCUUCAAUAG